GACUAAUCGUCUGACUAACGAUAGGCGGCGUUUAUCAUUAACUGACUGUCUCUAUUGAGAAACAUAGUACUCAGACCUUUCAGUCUGCGUGUAGCACGAGAAAAUUUCCGUAGUUUUCGAUUCUUGUCAACUUAAAGAACAUUAUGUUGUCAUUAGAGGAAGAAGAUAGAAUUUUUCAAGUUCAUACACAAAAUUUAGCAUCAAACAAACAUCAUACUAGCCGAACAUCAGCAUUAAAACAGCUUAAGCCAGAAAAUGCAUUGUCUACCACGGCUAAACAUUCUGGAAGUACUAGAUCAUCUUCUAGUUGUAUCUCUGCAGUUCCAAAAAAGCCAAACAAGAAAAACGAAAUUUCUAACAUACCUGUGCAUAAAAGCACACAGGGAUCAUAUUUUCCCAUUCAUACAAGUAAUGUAGGCUGUAGACCAAAGAGUGGGAAUUGGCGCCAACCUAGUUGUAACCUAGAGUCAGCCUGUGGAGGCCCACCUGCAAGACCUGUACAGAAAUCCCAACAAUUUUUGCAGCGAGAUGACAAAAUCAGCUCAAGCCAGCACAAGUUGUUUACACAAGAUACAGAUAAUGGAAAUGAUGAAAAAGAUGGUCGAGAAAAUUCAAAAAAGCCUCACAACAAACAACCGUUUAAGCACCAUCCAUUGAGCUUCUCUGUUGUACUCAAAAUGAUGGUUGAAGACACUGAACCACAUAUUAUUGCUCAAAAAUUUGAUAACGAAACCGCUGGCCUUCGUCAGUUUUUAGAUAGCAAUGCUGCAAAUUGGGAGGUUAUUGAACUUGUGAUUUCAGUAAUUGGAAACUUCUGCCAGAAGAAAGGAGUAGCCAAAUUUCAUAAUGCGUUUAUAAAAAUCGUCCAGAUAUUAGCGAAUAAGGAAGUAUUUGCUAAUUUGGGUUCUACCGUCCUGCAUAUAACAAAAGCUCGGUCUACGAAUCUUGGGUCAAAAGAGGUACGUAUGAGCCGUCUAAUCAGGAGCAUUAGUUACUUGACUACCGAAAUGCUGACCGUGAUGCCGGCACUCACAUGCGAUUAUUUGGGAGAAAAAUUUUUUGAAGAUCUCACUGCGUUAAAAAACAUUCCAUCUAUUAAAGCCACAAAUGUUGGCGAAGAUUUUGACUUUCUCCAGAAAGAGGGAGCUGAUCGCCUAAAGAAUGCUUGGGAACAACAUUCAAAAGAGAAACUACCCCAGGGUAAUCGACAGCAAGCGAGCAGAAUGCAACGGCAGGAGUUGCUUUCUCUACUGAAACCACCGGACGAUUUUCGACAACUCAGCGUUUUACCAGAAUGGGAUGAUGUAUGUAAUAAUGUCCAACCUUUUUUGAGGCCAAACAUCAUUAAAGGAAGCUAUCCAGACGUCGACACAUACCUGGACAUUCAAUUCCGACUACUUCGUGAAGAUUUUUUAAAUCCAUUGCGGGAAGGGCUUGUAGCUUUCCGAACUAAGAUAGGAAAACAGCAAAAGCAGCAAAUUCGUGUGGACAACAUCAGGCUGUAUUACAAUGUGCAGAUCAAAGAUGACGGUGUCCUGCCCAACGACAUUUAUGUUUUGGAGUUUUCUACCAAAGGCUUUGAACGUGUUAACUGGGAAGGAAGCAAACGGUUGCUUUUUGGAUCCCUACUUUUACUGUCGGCCGAUAACUUCGACUCCUUCAUGCUCUUCACCGUUGUAGACAGGAAACCAGAUCAGCUAUCGCGCGGUAGAUUCAGAGCGAAGUUUGAGGGGCAAAUCUUACCUUCAUAUGCCAAGAAAACAGACAUGGUGAUGGCUGAAUCUUCGGUGUUCUUCGAAGCCUAUCGGAGUGUUUUGAUCGCAUUGCAGCGAAUUAGUCCGGCCCACUUUCCAAUGGAAGAUUACAUUCUCUGUCGCAAUACUGCACCUGCCGAACCGGAAUACUUGAGAUCCAUUCCAAACCCAGUGUACGAUUUGACCCCUGUGCGAAAAUCAUUUUUGGUAUCAGACCCUCAGAGUGAAGAAGAGGAAAACGCAUCCUUCCAAAAUGAAAAUCAGUUGCCCCCUAUGGUACAAAGGUUGUUGAUGCACGUGCCAAUUUUUGAAGAGCACAGGUUACCUGAUGCCGAUACCCUUGGAUUAGAUCCUAGUCAGGCUGAAGCUCUUUAUGCCGCGUUGACUAGAAAACUGACUGUUAUUCAGGGGCCUCCAGGAACGGGAAAAACAUAUCUAGGCCUGAAAAUUGUUCAAACGCUGCUUCGCAACAAGCAGUAUUGGGUUGGACUGGAAAAGCCGCAACCUACUCCCAUAUUAGUUAUCUGUUACACGAAUCACGCGCUGGAUCAGUUCUUGGAAGGAAUCAUGAAGUUCACUCAGAAAAUAGUAAGAAUCGGUGGGCAGUCCAAGUGCGCAGCACUAAGUUCGUUUUCGCUUCGAGAAUGGAGACAGCGAGCAACUAUACUUAGAAAAAGACCUGGUCAAUAUCGCCAUUGGCUGUAUGAGGCUCGCAAUAAGCUGAAUGAAACGAAAAGUGCACUAGAAAAGCAUCAAAGAACGCAAAGGAUGAUUGAAUCUUAUGGCAUAGUUCAUAACGAUAUCUUGCUUAAUUCUGGAAUAUUAACAAAGCCUGUGUAUAGAACACUUUGCCUCUUGAAAAUGCCUUCUGACCGCCUUACCGUCAUACCCUACUGGCUUGGUAUCGAAUCGAUCCAGACUCUCAGGGACAUCGUUUGGGCUUUGAGAAAUAGGUCACCAAAGCCACAACUGCCCUCCGCCAAAGCUACAUCAGAACCUGUUGUAGAUCAGGACGAACCCGGUAACGAAGAAGAAUGGGACAAAGAAGAUCUGGAAGAAAUCGAAGGACAAAGAAUAUUGGAUGAUGGUGAAUACCUGUCAAAACCUGCAAAUUUAAAAAAAGAAAAGGAAUGGACAACAGGGAAUGCAAUGGAAAUCGAUGAAGUCACCUUUGUUGUUUCUAUCGCAAAAAUGGAUCAGGAAAUCAAUUCUUUAGAAACUCUGCUGGAUCAGUUGCAGGGCGAAGAUGUUCAGACUGCUUUGUCUAAGAUAGCGCAGAUUCAGCAGCAAAGAGAAUAUUUGAGAGAAAUUCUUGAAAUUCUUCCUGCGGUAGAUGCCGAAGAGUACCAGCGAUUGAUUGAAAGCAAUAUUAUUCAGUUACCUUACCUGGACCGAUGGAGAAUCUAUUCUUUUUGGAGAGCGAAAGCCUCAGAACUCUGGACUGCCCAGAUAAACUCGUUAAAUUUGCAAGUCCAACAACAAACGAAUGAAUUGAAAGACGUGGAAACCAUCGAAACAGCCGAGAUUAUUCGCGAAGCGCAUGUUGUUGGAAUCACAACCACGGGAGCUGCAAAGAACAGAGCACUGCUGGAACACCUGAAAUCCAAAAUUGUUGUUGUCGAAGAAGCAGCCGAAGUUUUGGAAGCCCACAUAGUGACCUCCAUGUCCUCGUCUUGCGAACACUUAAUAUUAAUUGGUGAUCAUCAGCAGCUGCGGCCUCCUACAACGGUGUACACACUUGCGAAGGAUUACCAUUUAGACGUCUCUUUAUUUGAACGAUUGAUAAAGAACGGUGUGGAUGCAAGUGUUCUCGGUGUUCAACACCGAAUGCGAACUGACGUGGCGAAACUGAUUGUUCCAGCAAUUUAUCCGCAUUUGAAAAAUCAUCCGUCGGUGCUGAGCUAUACCAAUGUCCCUGGAAUGGCAGAAAACGUCUUUUUUCUAGCGCAUUCAGAACGGGAAAAAGGCGACAAAUCAGAUCAGGAGAGUCGUAGUCACUUGAACCCUUACGAAGCAAACAUGGCUUUGGCUCUAGCCCGCCAUCUCUUGAUACAAGGCUUGGAACCCAGCAAAAUCACGAUCUUGACAACCUAUUCUGGACAGUUAUUGCAUUUCAAAAAAUUGCGACGAAGCCACGCCAUUUUACAAGGUGUCCGCAUUACGAUUGUUGACAACUUCCAAGGUGAAGAAAACGACGUCAUUAUUCUCUCGCUAGUGCGAAGCAACGAAGAGGCCAACGUUGGAUUUCUGAAGAUAGAAAAUCGCGUUUGCGUUGCCUUGUCGCGAGCGAAAAAAGGAUUCUAUCUAAUUGGAAAUAUGGGGAAUUUGGCGGCAAAAAGCGAACUUUGGCGUCAAGUUAAAAACGUUUUAGCAUCUAGCGGACAAAUUGGACCACAUUUUGACCUGCGAUGUGAAGUUCACAAGACGAUUAUUAAGGCAAAUGACGCAUCCCAUUUCCCACCAGAAGGUGGAUGUUUCGUCAAAUGUGUCACCGAAAUGCCCUGCGGACACAUAUGCCCCAAAAUUUGCCAUGCCGAGGAUCGUGAGCAUAUACGACAGAAAUGCCACGGAGCUUGCCUACGUUUCUGUGCCGUUGGACAUAAGUGUCCCAAAAUAUGUUACCAGGAUUGCAAUCCAUGUAUGACGACGAUCCCGAAAGUUCUACCAUGUAACCAUUCCCAAAUUACGGAGUGCCAUCGAGAUCCAGCUAACGAAUACUGUCUUACUAAAGUCGUCAAGGCGUUUCCUACUUGUCAACAUACCAUUGAACUAAACUGCGGUACGCCCAUUUCCGAAGUCAAAUGCCCAGAGUUGUGUGGAAUGCGUCUUGAUUGCGAGCAUAUCUGCAAUCGUAUCUGCCACAAAAGAAGCUCUCAUGCUAAAAUGCCUUGCGAUCAACCUUGUCACCGUUUUACAUGCCCGGAGAAACAUCCAUGCCCGAAGAAAUGUUUCGAAGAAUGCGGGAAAUGUGUGGUCGACGUUGUUAAGAAAUUGCCUUGUGGACACGACGGGACAAUUAAAUGCUGGAUGCUUCCUAAAGACGCCUACUGCAAUAUUAAAGUUGAAAGAAUUCUUUCCAACUGUCAGCAUACAGCCUUCUUCGACUGUAGCGAAUCUACCAAAGACUACAAAUGCAAACGACCAUGUGGGAAACUGACGUGUAACGAUGGGCAUAUAUGUCACAAACCUUGUUAUGAGCCUUGUGGUCCUUGCAACGUUCAGGUUCAGCGCAAACUAAAUUGUGGACAUACAACGCAAACGGCUUGUUACAAGGAUCCCUUGACAAUCAAAUGCAAGUUUCCGAAGGACGUUACUCUUCCUGAUUGCGGCCAUAGAGUUGAGAUACCUUGUAGCGAACCCCCAGAAAAAGUCGUUUGCCCAAAGCCAUGCGAUACUCGCCUCGAUUGUGGCCACCAAUGCACAGAAUUGUGUCACGUCAAAAAAGAUCCUACCCAUCAAAAGUAUAUCUGCAAGAAAGCUUGCAGCCAGAAGAAGGUCGAUUGCAGAGAAAAUCAUAAAUGUGGGAAAAAAUGCUUCGAAGAUUGUGACCUUUGUUUAGUCAAAGUCAACCGGACCCUGCCCUGCGGUCAUUCUCAAAUUGCUGAAUGCUUUUUGAGUGACGAAAAAAUCAAGUGCACGGAAAUUGUCAAUAAGACUAUUAUUGAAUGUAUGCAUUCCAUCCGCAUUGAGUGUUCAGUCAUAGCGACUCGCCGGUUAUGUAAACAGCCAUGCGAAAAAUACUUGAAGUGUGGUCAUCAGUGCAAGAAGCAAUGCAGGGAAACGUGCACGUCGUUGACUUGUCAAGAACCAGUGGAAAUACGCAUGUUAAGCCCAUGUGGUCAUCCAUUCGUGAAGAGUUGCAGCGAUUAUCAAACAUCCCAUAUAGUAACUGACUCUCAGGCGGUGGAAUUUCUACAAACGUGUCCGCAACCUUGUCGAGCUACAUUGACUUGUGAUCAUCCUUGUAAAGGUUCUUGUGGAAUGUGUUUCAACGGUCGUCUUCACAAGACUUGUGCGGAAAAAUGUGGACGUACCCUGGUUUGUGGCCAUAGCUGUAAUGUGGAUUGCGCUGUUUCCUGUCCGCCUUGUAAGCAAACGUGCGAAUACCGUUGUCAACACAGCAGAUGCCGUAAGAUAUGCUGCGAGCCUUGCGUCGAUUGCGUUGAGCCUUGCGAUUGGAAAUGUGACCAUUAUACUUGUACGCUCAAGUGUCACGAACUUUGUAAUCGCCCCCGCUGUGAUGAGCCAUGCCGGAAGCGUCUACCAUGUGGCCAUCGUUGCAUCGGACUUUGUGGGGAGGUGUGCCCCCCUCUUUGCCGUGCGUGUCACAAAGAUCAGCUAACGGAAUUCAUCCUUUAUGGCAACGAGGAGGAGGAAGACGCUAGAUUCAUCUAUUUGGAAGAUUGCAACCAUACCAUAGAAGUAGAAGGAUUAGAUCAUUGGAUGGAAAUGAAGCAAGAAGAAACGCAAGAAAUUCAAACGAAAUGCUGCCCGCGCUGCAAAACUAUCAUCCGUUCUUGUUACCGCUAUAAUAAUGUCAUCAAACGCAAUUUCGGAGACAUUCUGGAAGUCAAGAGGAUGCUUUUGCGCUCUCGUGUCAGCGCCAAGGAUUUCACAGAGAAACUUUUAAAAAAAGUUGAACAAUCACACAGCCAGAAUAAUGCCCUGGCGACUAAGCUAAGCCAUGGGAUAACUAAUAUCCUAGCCUACGGUCUUGACGUUAUUCGCAACGCCAUAAUUCCAACUGUGGUUCAAGACAAGCGCCAGUACAAAACAUUAGAUACCGACACGCGCUACAUGACUGAAGUUCAAGUAGACGUUAUAGAGAGGGUUUUGAGCUUCCUAGCGAAUGCCCCGAGGAGUGCCUCCAGUUUGACUGGUCCAGUUGUUUCAAUGAAUCGACCCUUGCUGGAAAAUCUAUUGAGCCGCGUAGAACAACUACUUUUGUCGCUUUUUCCCCGCGAACGUUUAAAUGUCAAAGAACAUGAAUGGUUUAUUGCCGAAGUCAAUCGCUUGGAUUUGGUUCGAGCAUUCUUCUUGUUAAAGAGUGCAUCAUCUAUAAACAACAGACAUGUAUUGGUCGCCGAAGAAACCCGGCAAGUUGAAGACCUGCUAAUGAGGAACGUGAAAACUUUGACAACAUCUUACAUCACCAUUAUCAAAGAAAUUUUGGGGAAAAUGGGGAAAAAACUGAAUACGGGACUUGGCAUCAGUGAUGUCGAACGGCAGCAAAUAGUAAAAGCAAUGGGACUCGCCCAGGGCCAUUGGUACAAAUGUCCAAACGGACAUAUCUACGUGAUAACUGAGUGUGGUGGUGCGAUGCAACAAGCUAAAUGUAACGAAUGCGGCGCAAGCAUUGGUGGAGGUAGUCACAGACUGCUAUCAGACAACCGCCUAGCAGGAGAGAUGGAUGGCGCUCGCCAUGCUGCAUGGUCAGAGCAUGCCAAUAAUAUGGCUAAUUUCCAAAUUGAUGAUUAAUUUUCCAUAGUUAUAUUCAAGAAACGCACGUGAUUGUUUGAUUCAGUAAA